AUGGCCAUCCUCGCCGCCGCCCGCCGGGCCUCCUCCCUUCUCCUCCUCCGCGCCUCCUGUGCACUGCUUCGCCCCGCUGCCUCUCCUUUGACGCCAAGAUCGCCUUGCUCAUCCCCCUACUUCGACAGCGCCAAGAUGGCCUUGCUCAAAGCCGCGUUGGACUUGGACUCCAUCGCCGCCGAGACCGGCUCCUCUGCCUCCGCCGCCGCACAGCACUCCCUGCGCGCCGCGGCCGAUUCCCUCGGCGCCUCCACCUUUGACGACCAUCUCGUCCGCGACAUCGACUCCACGAUCAAGUCAUCCACCCGUCCCACCAAGAUGCAGGAGGCCGAGGGUUUCUUCCCCUUCAAAAUAGUACGUGAAAAUAGGUUGCUCAGUAGCAGCAGUACCCUUGAUAUUACUCUUGGAAGAACUUUUGAGGGUGAGCAGAUUGAAAUUAGGGCUUACACAUUAGGCUCACACUACCAUGAUAACGGUAUAAUCAGCCUAAAUGUCACCGUCUCCAAGAGCAAUGGCUCGGACCUUUUAUUUUCCUGCUCUGCGUAUGCCGAUUAUAUCACCAUCGAUUCCAUGAAGAUGAAGGGGCAGCUUGAAUCGCAUAACGGUUUCGAUAAGCUUGAUAAGAAUCUGCAAAAGUCAUUCUACAAGUAUCUGGAACUACGCGGCAUCACGCCAACAAUGGCCAAACUGUUGCAUGAGUACAAGAGGGACAGCGGACCCCGCACGCAGCACUUGUGGCUAAACAAGCUGUCGGAUUUCAUCAAGAAAGAUUGAUCUUCAUCUAGUGAAGAUCGUAGGGCAGCAUGAUCAAGACUCCUACAAUUUCCUCUUCCGGAAGAAUUUUUCUUUUAUCCGUGUGUUUAAGAUCCAUUUUUGUAACUAUGAUUUUGGUGGCAUUAAGGCUAGACCUACAUAGAGUUAAAACCAUGUUAAUUACCGUUUGUUUAUUCA